AUGGAGGACGUAGAUAAAUCUAUUGCGUCAGAGGCGACCGCGUCGGCAGUUCAAGACACUACGAAGGCGUCGGCAGAUGUUUCAAAUGGGUGUUGUGCAAUGCUUUGGCGAUUGCCGCUCGAUGCGCUGAAGGUUCUGGACUCCUUGCCGGCUGCGACGUACGGCUUGGAUGGCCUUCUAAAAGAUAGCAGUGGACCGCGUGAGGACGUAAGCGCGCCAGUUGUUUUAGGCCAGCAAGGCAGCAUGUCUGCUGAAGAGGAGACAGGGCAAGGCAACGUGCCCGCCGACGUGGAGGAUGAGAACAUGCCGCUAUCUUUGCAGACGUUGGCGCAUACAGGCAAUGACCUUGCUUGA